AUGUACUCUGGGAAGAUUUUAAAACAAGAUUUUUUUGUUGCCGACAUUCACGCACCUCAAAUUACGAGAAAAGCUAAAAGCGAGUACACUCCUUGGAUGACAAACAAUAUUAAGAAACAGAUUUAUCAUCGAGAUUUUCUUAAGAAAAAUGCAAUUAAUACAGGAUCUGAAAACAUGUUUGUCGCAUAUAAAAGAGCCCGAAAUGCGUUGAAUAAACUUAUUAAAGACACAAAAGAGAAUUAUUAUACGAGUGUUCUAAAUGAUACGAAAAAUAAUUCAAAGAAUAUGUGGAACACAAUUAAUAAAUUAACAAAUAAAAAAUCUAAGACAACUACGAUCACCAAGCUUAAAAUAUCAAAUGAUAAUGUUAUCGAAGAUCGAAAUGAGAUAUCACACACUUUUAAUACCUAUUUUAAGACAAAUGGAGAAAAUUUAGCUAACGAACUACCAGAUACUACCGAUGCACCUGAAUCAUAUGUUACUCCUAGUAAUUCAACUUUUCAAAUACAAAAUGUGUCAGAGGUAGAUGUAUUUCAGUUGCUCAUUACAUUAAGGAUAUCCAAAGUUUGCGGACAUGAUAAGACACCUCCAAAGCUUUUGCAAGAUUCGGCAUAA